UUACUGAACUAAAGGUAUAAAAAUUAUCAGUGGAGCAAAUGAACGUAUUUUUUUCAUUUCAAACAGUGAGAGGCACCAACGGUCAGGAGGCGCAGGAUAAAGUCAAUCGUUAUUCAUCCACUACCUGCCCUCCCGAGCCAACCCUUAAAUCAUAUGCAAUGCUGAAGAACAAAACGCUUGUCAUGAUACCUGUAGGGCCCAUUGCGACAUGUUCAUGUCAACAAAGCAACGGUACUAAUUGGACAGCACGAAAUGGGGAACCCUGCUUAACUCUCGCGCUCGGUUAUAACGAAGAAUGGACUAGAAAAUAUGGUACAUGCAAUAACGGAACUUGCGUGUUGACUGUAAUACCCCGUGGAUGUUCGAACAUUACGUCACGAAAAGUCGAAGGUAAGCAGCCUUCAGUUGGCUGUGCCUACACCUGUUUAACCAAGGCCCACACGAGAUACUUUGAUUAUUACCCGCCAGGGACGAAUUGCACGCAUCUCGGCCCUAACGGACAAAGCCGUAUUAAUACAACUUGCAAGCAAGAUGGCGAGAAAGUUGUCUGCCGCGAAACAGUUCCGGUACCACCAGCUUGCUGAAACGUAAUAUUGCACUUAUUCUUUUCCUCUGUGAAUAUAAAAUAAACCUAGCAUAUA